GUGCGAGCGACGAGAGGUUUGUGGAGUGUACUUCACAACCGCGCGGCGGGCUGCGAAUCGGAUUCCUGCUUUAUUUCCCACCUCCUUUCUCUCUCGAUUGUCCGCCAGACCAACUGGAAAGAAAGAAAGGAGCACCUCGGAGAAUGAGAAGGUGGUGAAGAGAAGAAAACAAACAAACAAACAAACAAACAAAAAAAACAAGGUUGCGGGGGUCCUGCGGGAGACGCGACGGGAGUUUGGAGGCAGGCUUGUAAAGCCCAGCGGAGGAAGGAACGAGAAGAAGACGACAUUUAGCGACAAAAACACGGAAUAAUGAGAAACCUUUGCUUCAUUUUGACCCUCGGCUUGGCCGUGUACCUCUCCGGGGAAAGGAUAGCAGAGGCGGCAAAAACCUCCUCCCAGGUCGAUGACCUUUACCUGGACGAUGCCGGCUCAGGAGGUUACUACCCCGAAGAUGACGACGACUUUAACUCAGGCUCUGGCUCAGGUGGUGCUGAAGAGGUGGCUGAAGAAACCGUGACUGUCAGUAUGGUUUAUAUCGCACCCAAAGCAGCAGAACCCACCAAGGACUCCACCAAAGAUUUCACACCCAGAGUAGAGACAGCUACGGUCAGGGAAAAGGCCAGAGAGAGCACACCGAAGAAACCAACCAGAACAGAGGCUCCAGUGCCUGUUACAGAGGACAUGCAGAGGAACCAGAUGACCAGUACAACUAGUGCACCCGGCUCGGCCCAGGAGCCCAUUGAGCCCAUCGAGGUCCGCACCGAAAGCCUCUUCCAAAGGACAGAGGUGUUAGCAGCGGUUAUUGCCGGCGGCGUGAUUGGAUUCCUGUUCGCCAUCUUCCUCAUCCUGCUGCUGGUUUACCGCAUGCGCAAGAAGGACGAGGGCAGCUACGACCUGGGCGAGAGGAAACCCGCCGGCGCGGCCUACCAGAAGGCCCCCACCAAGGAGUUCUACGCCUAAAAGGUCCCGCCCACUCGUCAUAAGACCGCAAAACAAAACAAAAAAACCCCCCGCCCACCCAAAGGCCGCCUGAGCUGCCGCAAAAGAAAAAUUAACAUAAUGGCAAACGUUUGCAUAGUUAAGAUCUUUUAUCCCCCUUCUUAUGUUUUUUUUUUUGCCCGUGUAUUAUAGAAAGAUUUGAAAAAAUAACGGGAUUUGUAAAGCCGACUUCUGUGUUUAGUCACGUUUAGCAGGUCAAGACAAAAUCUAAUAACUGAAUGAUCAAUCCUACUUUUAUGUUUUUUUUUUUUUUUUAUGUCCUAGCAUGUCUGAUGUUAAAGUUGUAUUAUUAAUUUAUCUUUUCGCCCAUUUGGGAAAAUGCCUUGCUAGUUUUGAUGACGCUGUUAAUAGUCAACGCUGUUAAAAUGUCCUCCUUUUUCUGCUCUCACAUCCAUUUUUGCAGUUUUUUUCUUUGACGCGUUUUCAUCUUCACACCCAAGAAUUUUGCGCUUAAGGGACGGAGGAAUAAGUGUGCCAGGGGUCCGAGUUCCGUUUUUUUUUUUUUUUAUUUGGGCUCCCAUAAACCCCCUCAAUGUGUUUACGGACUGCACUCUCGCCAAACUACCAUCCUUUUUGGGGGUUUUUUACCCUUCCCGGGCCUCUUGUCCCUCUCUGUUUACCCUCGCCCGCCUUCUUUUUCAGUCAUAUUGGAGCGAGGCCAGUAAAGAUGUCAAUGGCCUGCCCCGCUUCCGGCUUUUAUUUCCCCCCCGCCCCCGUGUUGAUGUUUUGGGCCCUAAGACCGCCUGGACACAAACCCACCAGGCAGUGCUUAAACAAAAGGAGACCCUUUCGGAUACCAUAAUGUGCUUUCUUUAACUAACUUUCAAAUGUUCUCUUCACCUAUAGAGACAAAAAUCAAGUUAUAAUUCGAUAAUCAGUCCGUCAAAUUGCUUUUGUAAUUAUUCCACGCCACAUACUGUUACUAAAAAAAUGCAAUUUACUUCAAAAUUGCGUGUGAAAAAUGAACUGAAAUGCUAACAUUAGCAUGCUAAUAGUUAGCAUGUGUUAAGUACCAAGUUGUAUGAAUAUAUGAGGCGUAUGGCUGCAACAUUUGGGAAAAAGGUUGUCCCGCUAGUGUUAGCAUACUAACACUUAGCAUGUGUCAAGUACCAAGUUGUAUGACUCUGUAGUGUACGCUAGCGAAGUUAGCUAAAAAAAAAUGUGCAUGCUAAUAGUUAGCAUGUGUCGAGUGCCAAGUCAUAUGUACAGCUGUAAAAUUGGCUAAAAUAGUUAGCAUGUGUCAAGCACAAAGUUAUAUGACUUUGUGGCGUUUGACUGGAAAAAAAUAGCUAAAAGUAUCAGGGUAAUGUUAGCGUUGCAUUAAGUACAAAGUUAUACGACAAUGAAAAGUGUACGGCUUGAAAAUUAUCACGCUAAUGUUUGCAUGCUAACAGUUAACAUGUGUCGAAGUACCGAGUUGCCGUAUAUGACUUUAAGGUGUACGGCUGCAAAAUUGGCAUAAAAAAAGUUAGCACGUGUCAAGUACAAAGUUGUAUGACUCUGUGUAUGGCUGCAAAAUUAUCGAAAAACCCGCUAAUUUUAUCACGUAUCGUGUACCAAGUUAUAUGGCAGAGGUGUACGGCUGUAAAAUUGUCUAAAUACGUUAGCAUAUGUCAAGCACAAAGUUGUAUGACUUUGUGGCGUUCGGCUGGAGAAAGUAGACAAAAGUAUCACGCUAAUGUUAGCGUUGUAUCAAGUUAUACGACAAUGAAAAGUGUACGGCUGGAAAAAUGACUGAAAACGGUUAUCACGCUAAUGUUAGCAUGCUAACAGUUAAAAUGAGUCCAAGUACCGAGCAAAAUUGGCUAAAAAAAGUUAGCAUCUGUCAAGUACAAAGUUGUAUGACUCUGUAUGGCUGCAAAAUUAUCGAAAAAGUUUACCCUGUUAAUUUUAGCAUGUAUCGGGUACCAAGUUAUAUGGCAGAUGUGUACGGCUGUAAAAUUGGCUAAAAUACGUUAGUAUGUGUCAAGUACAAAGUUGUAUGACGUUGUGGCGUAUGGCUGGAAAAAUUAGCUAAAAGUAUCACGCUAAUGUUAGCGUUGCAUCAAGUACCAAGUUAUAUGUUCAAUGAAGAGUGUACGGCUGGAAAAUUAUUACACUAAUGUUAGCAUGCUAACAGUUAAAAUGUGUCCAAGUACCAAGCAAAAUUGGCAAAAAAAAGUUAGCACGUGUCAAGUACAAAGUUGUGUGACUCUGUGUAUGGCUGCAAAAUUAUCGAAAAAGUUCACCCUGCUGAUUUUAGCCCGUAUUAGGCCCCAAGUUACAUAGCUGAGGUGUACAGUUGUAAAAUUGGCUAAAAUACGUUAGCAUAUGUCAAGCACAAAGUUGUAUGACUUUGUAGCAUUCGGCAGGUGAAAUUAGCCAAAAGUAUCAUGCUAAUGUUAGGGUUGUAUCAAGUUAUACGACAAUGAAAAGUGUACGGCUGGAAAAAUGACUGAAAACGGUUAUCACGCUAAUGUUAGCAUGCUAACAGUUAACAUGUGUUGAAGUACAGAGUUACCGUAUACGACUCAGAGGUGUACGGCUGCAAAAUUGGCUAAAAUACGUUAGCAUGUGUCAUGCACAAAGUUGUAUGACUUUGUAUCGUACGGUUGGAAAAAUUUGCUAAAAGUAUCACGCUAAUGUUAGCAUUGUAACAAGUACCAAGUUAUACAACAAUGAAGAGUGUACGGCUGGAAAAAUUACUGAAAACGGUUUUCACGCUAAUGUUAGCAUGCUAACAGUUAAAAUGUGUCCAAUUACCAAGCAAAAUUGGCUAAAAAAAGUUUGCACGUGUCAAGUACAAAGUUGUGUUACUCUGUGUAUGGCUGCAAAAUUAUCGAAAAAGUUUACCCCACUAAUUUUAGCACGUAUUGGGCUGAGGUGUACGGCUGUAAAAUUGGCUAAAAUAUAUUAGCAUGUGUCAAGCACAACGGCUGGAAAAAAUUAGCUAAAAGUAUCACGUUAAUGUUAGUGUUGUAUCAAGUACCAAGUUAUACGACAAUGAAGAUUGUACGGCCGGAAACAUUACUGAAAACGGUUAUCACGCCAAUAUUAGCAUGCUAACAGUUAACAUUUGUACGGCUGAAAAAUUAGCUAAAAUUAAUGUGCUAGCAGUUAACAUGUAUCAAGUACAAAGUUAUAUGACACUGAAGAGGGUACGGCUGCAAAAUUACUGAAAAAGAUUAUCACACUGAUGGCAUGCUAACAGUUAACAAGUGUCAAGUACCGAGUUAUCGUAUAUGACUCUGAGGUGUACGGCUGCGAAAUUGUCUGAAAGAGUUAGCACGUGUCAAGUAAAAAAGUAUUAGGACUCUGUGGUGUACAGCUGCAAAAUUAGCGAAUAACUUUACACCGUUAAAGUUUGCACGCUAACAAUUAGCACAUAUCAAGUACCAAGUUAUAUGACCGAGGUGUACGGCUGUAAAAUUUCCAAAAUAUGUCAGCGUGUGUCAAGUACAAUGUUGUACGACUUUGUCAAUGUUGUACGACUUUGUGGUGUACGGCUAAAAAAAACAAUAAUUAGCAUGUUAAUGUUUGCAUGUUAACAGUUAGCACGUGUCAAGCACCAGGUUAUAAGUAUGAGGUGUGUACGGUUGCAAAACUAGUAAAAAAGGUUAUCACGCUAAUGUUAGCAUGUUAACAGUUAGCAUGUGUCAAGUACUAAAUUAUACGACCCUUGGUGUAAGGCUAAAGAAUUGCCUAACAAAGUUAGCUUUGUAUCAAGUACAAAAUUGUACAACUCUGUAGUUGCUACAGUUAGCAUACUACCAGUUAGCAUGUGUCAAGUACCAAGUUACAGGACUCUGGUUUACGGAUGCAAAAUAUACUAAUGUUAGCAUGCUAACAGUUAACAUGUGUCAAGUACCAAGUUAUAUGACUCUGGUGUACGGAUGCAAAAUAUGCUAAUUUUAGCAUGCUAACUGUUAGCAUGUGUCAAGUACCAAGGACUCUGUACUACGGAUGCAAAAUAUGCUAAUAUUAGCAUGCUAACAGUUAGCAUGUGUGAAGUACCAAGGACUCUGGAGUACGGAUGCAAAAUAUGCUUACAGUUAGCAUGCUAACAAUUAACGUGUGUCAAGUACCAAGUUACAGGACUCUGGUGUACGGAUGCAAAAUAUGCUAAUGUUAGCAUGCUCACAGUUAGUAUGUGUCAAGUACCAAGUUACAGGACUUUGGUGUAUGGAUGCAAAAUAUGCUAAUGUUAGCAUGCUAACAGUUAGCAUGUGUCAAGUACCAAGUUAUAGGACUCUUGAGUAUGGAUGCAAAAUAUGCUAAUGUUAACAUACUAACAGUUUGCACGUGUCAAGUACUAAGUUACAGGACUUUGGUGUAUGGAUGCAAAAUAUGCUAAUGUUAGCAUGCUAACAGUUAGUAUGUGUCAAAUACCAAGGACUCUGGAGUACGGAUGCAAAAUAUGCUAAUAUUAGCAUGCUAACAGUUAGCAUGUGUGAAGUACCAAGGACUCUGGAGUAUGGAUGCAAAAUAUGCUAACAGUUAGCAUGCUAAUAAAUAGUAUGUGUCAAGUACCAAGUUACAGGAAUUUGGUGUAUGGAUGCAAAAUAUGCUAAUGUUAGCAUGGUAACAGUUACCAUGUGUCAAGUACCAAGUUAUAGGACAAUGGUGUACGGAUGCAAAAUAUGCUAAUGUUAGCAUGCUAACAGUUAACAUGUGUCAAGUACCAAGUUAUAGGACUCUGGAGUACGGAUGAAAAAAAUGCUAACAGUUAGCAUGUGUCAACUACCAAGUUAUAGGACUCUGGUGUACGGAUGCAAAAUAUGCUAAUGUUAUUAUACUAACAAUUAACAUGACUCUGGUGUACGGAGGCAAAAUAUGCUAAUGUUAGCAUGCUAACAGUUAGGAUGUGUCAAGUACAAAGUGAUAGGACUCUGGUGUACGGAUGCAAAAUAUGCUAAUGUUAGCAUGCUAACCGUUAGCAUGUGUCAAGUAUCAAGUUAUAGGACAAUGGUGUACGGAUGCAAAAUAUGCUAAUGUUAGCAUGCGAAGAGUUAGCAUGUGUGAAGUACAAAAAUGUAUGACUGAGGGGUACAAUUGAAAACUCAGUUCGCCGUACAGCUGUCUAACUUAAGCAAGGACGAUUAAGAAAUCGGUUAAAAAAUGUAAACCACUCGUUAGGCGUGGCCCCCUCCACCUCUCCUCAGUUUUUUUUUUCCUGUUCUGUCAUCCGACGUGUUUCCGUUUCUUUUCAACGUCCUCAUUUCUUGUCCUCUAGGUACUGUACUCAUGAACUAUGUUGAUAAACCCAAAGACUCACAGUAUUCCUACCACCCCAUCUUUCUUUUUCUUUUCUGUCCAGUUGCUUAUUAGUACAUGAAAAUAUAUAUAUAUAAAUAUAGUAUAUAUAUAUAUAUAAAAAAUAUAUAUAAAUGUAUAUUCACUAAUGUUUUAAACCUACAAAGUGCCUACCAUUUGGAAAAAAAAAAAGAAAAGAAAAAAAGUGUGCUCACAGUGAGCGUGUUAGGGGUCGACUGGCAUUCAGUGUGCGUGGAUGACUGUCAUGGUAACAUUUUUUUUUUAGUCUUGCAAAAGCUGACAGUAUUGUACCUAUGAGUUGAAACAACACUACUGAAUAAACAUUGUGGCCUAAA